GUGAUAACCAGGCAUUCAGGAAAAUCUCGGACAGCUCUAGACAUAAAACACCGUUAUCAAUAUAAUAUGUACCUUUUACGAAAUUACAGGUCGUGUAAGCUGCUUCCUUCUGCAGCAGUUGUCUUCAUCAGCACCAGAGCAACCACUGCUGGCACUCUCAUAAAAGAAACUCCACUGAGUGUUCCUUGGCAGUCCACGCCUUCACAGCGCGACAAAAAAACACAACAAGGCUUCCUGCGAAUAAACCUAACGGACAUCUCCUUUUCUGCUGCUGCUCUUUAUGCUGAGCUGGACUGACAAUGGAGCUGUCUUGUGAGUCAGUGAGAUAUCUUGAGGACAGAAGACCGGCCAGUUGCAAGUUUUUGGAGCUCCAUGUACUGUAUGUGCCAGAAGACCAGUGGAAUGUGAAGCUCAACAAAGUCCCUGCUGAAGCCAUAGAGAGCUUCAUAUCUGCAGGCUUCAUCAGGGUUUAUCCUGAUAUCACCCUGAAAACUCUGAGGAGCGAGCUGGGAGCUCUUCUUGGCACAGAGAGGGGCAUCGACAAAUUCUCCUUCCUGAAAUGUGUGGGCCGCAGUCUGGCACUGGUUAAGAGCAAACAGGAGGGGGAUCUGAAAGUGAAAACGUUCGCUCCACCGUAUGCCCCACAGCCAGAGCUUUACCUGCUGCCCGCUGUGGAGACGGACAGCAGUGUUUGCUCCCAGUCUCUCAACCCAGACACCAGCAGCAGCUCCCCAGACCUACAGACCUAUUACCACCCUCCCAAGACGUGCAGCCUGCCAGCAGGAACAAAGGAGCCUGUUAAAUUCCCCCUCAUCCCCCAGUGUUCCCAUCAGCCACCUCCCACCCCCAGCCUGGAAGAGGAGGAGGAGGAGGAGGAGGAGGAGGAGGAGGAGGAGGAGAGCUAUAGUUCUUCAGAGGUAGAAGAAGAAAAUGAAGAGGAGGGUCUCUCUUCCAACAGGUUAGAGUGGGCGGAGCAGGAAUGUUGUCAACGGCAGCCUCAGGAUCCGAGGGCACAACAGCCAGUUUCACAGAAUAAAGUUCUACAACGGCGUGAGGCCGAUUCAGCUCAGGUGAAGGGGUCGCCAGAGAAAGAGGAAACCUCAAGAAAGAAGAAAAAGACGCACAGACAGAGCAGAGCGGCCAGAGAUUCAGCAGUGGCCCCAUCUCCGGAGGACAGAGAUUCAGGCUUCUCCGUCACAGAUGGGCUCGAGAAAUCAAAAGAUGCACAUGCACUGAAGUCCAUCAGGAUUAAACCAACAAAUGGCGUGACAGAAAGUCCAGCGGAGUUGUCCCGGCCUGUUCGGUGUCCCUCUCCACCUCCAGGUCUAGACUUGGCCACGGUCACUCACAAAACAGCUGCCUCGCUCGUCUUUCAUACAAACAGAGAGGAACUGAUUGAGGAAAUCAAGCUGGUGAGGGAGGAGAGAAAGCAGCUGGAGUGGAUGAGGCAAGAGUUGCUAAGAAAGGGGAAAGAUUUGUUGGCUCAAAACAGACAUCGCAGGAACCAAGCGCGGGAUAGCUGGAAGAAGAAAUAUUUUGAAACCAAGAAGGCCACAGCGCCGUUGGAGGAAAACCUGAGAAACCUACGACAAGAGUUGGAGACAUUUUACAACAAACUCUUGCACCAGCUCCAGGCCAGAGACAACAGAGGGAAGCCAAGACGACAGGGCAGAUCGUCCAUAAAGAAUGAGCUCAUCAUUCAGAUCAUGACAGAGAGCCAUGAGAUUGAUAACCUGAAGAGGAAGGUAGAGGAUGCCAAGAUGAAGCUGGUUACAGAGAUAAAGUUGAGGAAACAAGCGGCCACAGAGCUGAGGGCCCUAAAGGCUGAGUUGGCACAGAAGAAGAGCCAGUCCUCUCAUCCUGGUCUCACAGCCUCUCUAGGCUUUGGAAACACCACAAGGGACGGACCAAAGCACCGCCAUCUAAUUUAGCAUACACAGAACUGUGAACAAGACUGUUGGCGGGCCUUAACUGUGCUGGGACAGAUGGAUUGUGUUAAAUGUAUGAGUAACUGAAAACGUAUUAAAGUGUUGAUUUUUUUAUGUUUUGA